UCCUCCUCCCCCUCCCAGGAGCGCGGGGACACAAUCUUGAAGACCAAAGCAGCUAUGACACUGCUAUAUCCCAGCCGUCCAUUCUUCUCUAUUGGCACCUCCACCUCCAUCUCCACCGCCGGCCAUACUCUUCCUCUCCUCCGCCAAUCCCACCGCCCUUCCUUCCCAAAAUGCAGCAAAUUCUCAUGUUCCAACUCACUCCAUCUUCCCAACAACAAGUUCAAGAGGGCAUACACAAGUGUGAUGAUAGUGCCGACUGGAGUAGGUGCAGCCAUUGGUGGCUAUGCUGGCGAUGCCUUGCCUGUGGCUCGAGCUCUUUCCACUGUUGUUGAUUGCCUCAUCACGCAUCCUAAUGUUCUUAAUGCAGCAAUGCUUUACUGGCCGAUGUCAAAUGUACUAUAUGUUGAGGGAUACGCUCUUGAUCGGUUUGCUGAGGGGCUCUGGGCUCUACAACCAGUUCACCAGAACAGGGUUGGAUUGAUUCUUGAUGCUGGAUUGGAGGAAGAUCUCCGUCUUCGCCAUCUGCAAGUAGCUGACGCAACAAGGGCUUCCCUGGGCUUGCCAAUUGUGGAAUGCAUGGUAACUGACACUCCCUUAAAGGUGGAGAUAUGGAUUGAUCCAGAGAGUGGACAAUCAACUGGAAGGAUAAAACAUCCUGAUUCACUAUUGAGAGCUGUAGAGACAUUAAUUACAAGGUCCAGAGUGACUGCAGUUGCAGUUGUGGCACGUUUCCCUGAUGAUGACAUUGGAGAUAUUGAUGCUUAUCGACAAGGAAAGGGAAUAGAUAUUUUGGCAGGAGUCGAGGCAAUCAUAAGCCACUUAGUCGUCAAGAAUUUCAAUAUUCCUUGUGCCCAUUCUCCUGCAGUAUCUCCUGCUCCAGUAAGCUAUCCACUAUGUCCAAAAUCAGCUGCAGAAGAGAUAGGAUACACUUUCUUGCCAUGUGUGCUUGCUGGGUUGAGUGGUGCCCCACAGUACCUAGUCAAGACCUCUGAGUUCCUUGAAAGAGGUUGCAUAACAUCAAGGGAUGUUGAUAGUGUGAUUCUACCUAUCAAUGCAUGUGGAGGAGAUGGUGCACGUGCAUUUGCAAGCAAUCAGAAAAUCAAGCCACUUAUUAUAGCCGUGAAAGAGAAUGAAACUGUUCUGAGUGAUACACCCACUAAACUCGGAAUUGAAGCGGUUACUGUCUCCAAUUAUUGGGAAGCCAUAGGUGUUAUUGCAGCUCAUAAGGCGGGAGUGGACCCAAUUUCGCUUAGAAAAAACAGAGAAUUUGUUUUCAAAUAGCCAUUUCAAGCUUGUACAGAAAGCGCUGGAGGGGUAAGACCAAUUAAGGUAUGCUGCAUUGCCGCUUUUCCUUUCACUAGACAUCGUCGCUGUAUAACAGUAGUAUCCAAUGUUGGGACAGGAAGUUGCAAGUCAAAACUCUGUACAAUUCCAUUGUGGCUGUGACAGUGUCAAUUUGUCAGCUCAAAAUGGUUUCCAUUUUGUAAGAUGCUUGUGCACCAAUUGUAGAUACUAAUGAACCACCCAGACUCUUCGGUGACUUGGCCACUGCAUGGCAAUUAAAUUAAGUGUCUUGCCGGUGCAGGUCAAGAAU